AUGGCGCAGCGCUUGCGUCUUCAUUUCACCUCGAGGAGAAGCAACACCGACCCCCUGUCUGAGAGCUGUAACCAUGGGUUCGAGGACGGCGGAGAGCUUGGAUUACCGGGCCGGAGCCACGCCGAGGGCCUGACUCCCACCGGUUCGUUUCACAUGAAGCCGACCCCGGGGGUAGCUCUCGGUCUGCCACCUUUGUCGCCAGAUUAUGGCAGUCUUCAGCGGCACACGGCGUUUUUUGUACCCAAAGCCAACAAGAAGAGCGUGCUGCAGAUUUCCCUACAGUCCGGCGGCAGGCAGAUCGUGGACGCCGACGGCGGCGGGGAGGAAAUGGACCCGGGGGGUGGCUCGGACGCGGGGUCGUGCAACAGCAGCACCGCCAGUGACGUCGGGUACUGCAGCAGCAGCAGCAUAUUCGAGUCGGAGCUCCCCGAACGCAAGGCUGUUCUUGACAGAUCCGUUUGCCACAGGAAGACCAAAACUCCUUUACGCCGAUGCUCGUCGUUGGUCAUUUUCCCUCGCAGUCCUAGCAACACGCCGCCGGCCUCGCCGGUCAGUCCUGUGGCGCCCCCCCUGGUCCCUCCGUCCACCCGGAGUUCCUUUCAGACCUCGCACCAGCUGCAGCUGUCGACCACGGACGCAUCACAAGACGACCUCAAGGGUUCCGUGGCGUCGGCCGUGAACGGCUUAAGACUCUCCAAGACCGGCUGCCCGGCCGCCGAGUUCAGGGACGCCAGGCCGAUGCUGCAGGUCAGCGCUCCGACGGAUCCGCCGAAGAGGCCAGAACAAUCCGAAAAGCACUCGAGCGUUCUGGUGCACUGUGCCAAUCAGCCCCCGCUGCCCCCCGGCAAAGGAAGCGCAGCGAAACCCGCCGACAAAUCCGAGGAGGCUAAGUGCAAACCGGGCAAGCGCAACCCCAAGCUGCUCCGUAGCACCUCCACGUGCUCGCUCCCUACAGGAAAGGUGCUGACGGAGAAGAGACACCACACCUGCCCCGCCAUGGGCAAAUCGAGCGCGCAGCAGGAAACGGGUCCACGCCGAGGCUUGCAGAGGAGCGUCUCCCUGGAGGUGCCCUUCUCAAACGCUGGGAUUACGUGUCACAUGACGAACGCGAGACCAAUCGGCUCGGCCGGCGAAGGGGCGCGCGUGCACAUACACGUGUCCCACAGGGGUAACCCCAAACUGCCCGGACGAGAUCGCGCCUGUCCCGGGGAAACCACGACAACGCGAGAUGACUUCCUGGGUCAAGUGGACGUUCCUUUACAUCAGAUUCCGACUGAAGCACCGGGCAGCGAGAGGCCGUACACCUUUAAAGAUUUCCUUCUCCAUCCCAGAAGCCACAAAUCCAGGGUGAAAGGUCACCUGCGGCUGAAGAUGACCUACCUGCCCAAGAACGGCGGUUCAGAUGAGGAACAGGCCGAGCAGAGCGAAGACGUCGAUCCUGGAUGGGAGUUCCUGGACAGUCAGGAGAUGUGUGGGCCGCGCAACCCUCAGCAGUUGCCCGCGCUGCCCCCCGGCUGGGAGGAGAGGCAGGACAACCUGGGCCGAACCUACUACGUCAAUCACGAGAGUCGGACCACGCAGUGGCACAGACCCACCAUCCAGGACGUGCAGAGUGAGUCUGAGCAGAGACAGAGCACAAGCACACAGCUUCCAUUCAUCACACGUAGACAGAUCUCCGACCACGAGGACAACGACCGCAGAGAGUCGCCUGAGAGCUGGGAGAUCAUCACUGAGGAUGACGGAACCCUGUACAGCAGUCAGAAUCAGCUCUCCCCUCCUCCCCCGCACUCACCCGUGGACUACAGCGCCCUCUCCGAGGAGUUCUGCCGGAUGCAGACGGGCGGCGAGAGACGCGCCUCUCUCACGCCGCAGGGACACGGUAGUAGAAGGGGCAGUGCCCAGCUGCUGAGUGUAGAGGAACAUCCAGCCCAUCCUGUGAUGUUGCCGACCACGGCCGGUCUGCCCCCCGGCUGGGAGGAGAAGCAGGACAUCAGGGGUCGAGCUUAUUACAUUAACCACAACAGUCGAAUUACCACCUGGACCCGACCGCUCGUCCAGUUGAUCCAGCCGACAGACGCCGGUGCCUCGGCUCCAGCUGCCGGGGUAUCUGGUCGCUCCCCGAGCCCCACGAUCUACGCCCCACCCCAGCUUUCGCCUUGCGCCUCCCCUCUGCACUCGCCCGGCCAUCAGCACUCGCACACGUUCGAUUUCACGGGCUGCCUGCCGCCGGGCUGGGAGGUCCGGAGUGCGCCCAACGGACGGCCCUUCUUCAUCAACCACCACACCAGGACCACCACAUGGGAAGACCCUAGGCUGCGGAUUCCUGCUCACAUGAGAAGACGACCCUCGCUCGACCCCAACGACCUCGGGCCACUGCCGCCUGGAUGGGAGGAGAGGGUUCACACUGACGGCAGAAUCUUCUACAUCGAUCACAACACUAAGAACACACAGUGGGAAGAUCCCCGACUGCAGAACUCGGCCAUUACUGGACCAGCCGUGCCUUACUCCAGAGACUACAAACAGAAGUACGAAUACUUCCGCAGGAAACUCAAGAAACCGGCAGACAUACCCAAUCGCUUCGAGAUGUCCGUGCGGCGGAACGCCCUGCUGGAGGAUUCGUACCGCCGCAUCCUGUCGGUCAAGCGCCCCGACCUGCUGAAGGCCCGCCUCUGGGUGGAGUUCGCCGGGGAGAAGGGGCUGGACUACGGGGGCGUGGCCCGAGAGUGGUUCUUCCUCAUCUCCAAGGAGAUGUUUAAUCCUUAUUAUGGGCUGUUUGAGUACUCUGCAUUGGAUAAUUUCACCCUCCAGAUCAACCCGAACUCGGGUCUUUGUAACGAGGAUCAUCUCUCCUACUUCAAAUUCAUCGGCCGGGUGGCGGGGAUGGCCGUGUACCACAGCAAGCUGCUGGACGCGUUCUUCAUCCGUCCGUUCUAUAAGAUGAUGCUGCAGAAGCCGAUCACGUUACAGGACAUGGAAUCUGUGGACAGCGAGUACUUCAACUCACUCAAAUGGAUCCUGGAGAACGAUCCAUCAGACCUGGACCUGCGCUUCACCAUCGAUGAGGAGCUCUUCGGUCAGACACACCAGCACGAGCUGAAGCCUGGCGGAGCAGAUAUCAUCAUCACGGACGACAACAAGAAGGAAUACAUUCAUCUCGUCAUGCAGUGGAGGUUCGUGAACCGGGUUCAGAAGCAGAUGUCGGCCUUCAAGGAGGGCUUCUACGAGCUCAUCCCUCUGGAUCUGAUCAAGAUCUUCGACGAGAACGAGCUAGAGUUGUUGAUGUGCGGUCUGGGUGACGUAGACGUGAACGACUGGAGGGAGAACACCAAGUAUAAGAACAACUACGGACCCAAUCAUGCCGUCAUCCAGUGGUUCUGGAAGGCUGUUCUGCUGAUGGACGCCGAGAAGCGAAUCCGCCUGCUCCAGUUCGUGACGGGCACGUCCCGCGUCCCCAUGAACGGCUUCGCCGAGCUUUACGGGUCCAACGGGCCGCAGCUAUUCACUAUAGAGCAGUGGGGAACCAGAGAGAAACUUCCCAGAGCUCACACAUGCUUCAACCGCCUGGAUCUGCCUCCGUACGAGUCUUUCGAGGAGCUGCGGGAGAAGCUGAACAUCGCCAUCGAGAACGCUCAGGGCUUCGACGGGGUCGACUAGAAGCGCCGCGCCUCGUCACGUCACGCCGCCCAGAGUAUCGCCAUGGAGACGUGAUGGGGAAACGGGGAAACCCCUGGCUCGCUGCUGGACCCCGAACGUCGGUCCGUCUUCAGUCUCUCAAGGACGACGCCGUAAUGAAUGUGAACCGUGAACGUUUACUCACGAUCUACUUUUCUAUCGCGCUUCGAGUCCACGUCUGGAGAACUUCAGCUUCUGCCGGACGUAUUUCAGCACAGGUCACAUUCGUACCUGCUUUUUCAAGCUUGUCCAGUGUUUUUGUACGAUGUUCGCCUCCAGCUCGGUGUUUGGUGGCAGUAAUUACAAAGCACGCUCCCGUGAAUGUUGAUUUAUUCCUCGUACCUGCUUUGAACAGACCUGUCGGUGAACCUGGUUCACCUGCGACCCUUUUAACCCUUUUAAUAAUAUUCUUCAGUGUUUUGUAUUGGUUGUUUUUUUUUUCUAUAUUAUUAUAUAUAUCGACAUAUAUAAUCAAUUUUAGUCUUAAUCUGCGACUAGAUCUUUGCCGCUGAGCUCAUAUCCUCGGCGUCCUCCUGUUGAUCAGAUAUGUUUACAUGCUAAACGUAUGCACGCACACUUUCUCUCUCUAGUGCUUUAUCUGACUGUUGAACUCUCGGCGUCUCGGCCGGACGAUCGCCGUUUGCGUUUCUGCGUCCUGAAGUGACGUGGUGAUUGUCGUGUCCGCUCUGACGAUAACCGAAGCUUUUUUUAUCUCUAAUACCGACGGCUUUGGCACUUAGAAGACGUUACUGUAUGCAGGACCAAAUGUGCCAAAAUUAGAAACAGCGAAGUGACUCAAUAAAUAAAUUAUUAAAUGAAUGAAUAUACGGGUCAAAAUUUACAUACAGCAACUUAUUAUUACAGAUAUCAGAAUUUAAACUUUUUUUUAAUUAACAUUGUACUCUUCUUCCAAUCUAGUCAUAUCCAAUUCCCCAGUUGUAUCCUCCUCUACUGCUGCAGACCCAACAUAUAUCCCCCCUGAGUUCUAAUUGAGCUGAGCUGAUUGGGCACCAACACAGACACAUGAUUGGCUAAGGACAGUGGAUAAAACACUGGGGUUCCUCGUCACUAGGGUAAUAGCGGCCUCUGCUGACUGAUUCAGAGAACAGUAUCACGUACGGAGAGUCACGCACUGCCCUCCGUUAUUCCCUGUCUCUGUCCGGGCGCCUUCGUCCAGUCUGCAGAGGUCACAAUUGCAGCAGUAACGACGGAUCAUUUCGACCAUCCGUCCCGCCAGACACGGCCAAUCGUGCCUGUUAGGCGGCCAGACAGACGCCUGACCGGUCGAUAGCACCACUGUGAAUUCGAACCCUGGCUCCCAGCGGGCUUCUAGUGGGCGAGCUUCAUUUACCACUAUGCCAACCAAGCUCGCAUCUAAAUUCAAUUUGUUCAUAAAAAAGCAAAACAUUGAAAUGAUUUGAACGUCUUUACAAAUCAUGUAUUAUUAAUCAUUAAUUUAUUGAGUCAUUUAUUUCAUAUGUAGAUUGUUUUGUGAGCUCCUUCGUUGUGUAAAUCAGUUCUAUAAGGGAAAUGCCUUUAAUCUGGAAUAUAAAUCAUAAUGGUUUAAUGGGGUGACGUGCCAGUGUUAAUGGCAACAUAUUUUGGGGAGAAUAAAUAAAUCUAAAUAAAUAAAACCACCUCUUCUUG